CAAGCCGCCAUUACUAUGAACAGCUUAACCAAUCACUUGUCUUGUAAACAAGACAUUGGAAUGAUGUGAUACUUGUAAAUAAAAACAAUUAUAUCGAAUCAUUCAAUAGUGUUACAGCGUUAGUGAUUGUAUAAAUAUUCACAACUCAAAAUGUUUGCGUCACAUAUGAUCGUGCCAGUACCGAAGAUAGAAGAUCGUGUUUUCAAAAAGCCGCUUUUAUGCGGACCGGGCCCGUGCGACUUGUGGCCUUCGGUCGCUGAAGCUGUCACUAGACCAGUUCUAUCACCCAUUUGCGACGAAUUCUUCAAUGUGUUGGCGGACAUUCGGGCCGGACUGAAGUAUCUGUUCCAAACUGAAAGCAAUCUUGUGUUGGCUGUCAGUGCAUCUGGAAACGCAGGCAUCGAGACUGUUAUCGCAAACCUCGUAGCACCAGGAGAGACUCUGUUGAUCGCGACGAGGGGCAUUUGGGAUGAACGAGCCUACGAUGUGGCUAAAAGACAAGGAAUAAACGCAGUACAAUUUCGGAUCCCUUUCUACACGACAUUCAGCUUAGAACAGAUCGAGAGAGAGCUGAAGAAAUUAAAGCCGACAGCCCUUUUCAUUACUCAUGGGGAUUCCUCAACGGGGACCGUUCAGAAUUUGGUGGGACUUGGAGAUCUGUGCCACAAAUAUGGAACUCUCUUAAUAAUUGAUACCGUAGUAUCAAUAGCUGCUGAACCUUUCUUUAUGGACGAAUGGGGUGUGGACGCCCUGUACACGUCGACCCAGAAGGCUCUCGGUGGACCGGCUGGCAUCUCUCCGGUAGCUUUUAGCAAGAGAGCCGAAGAGAAAAUAAAGAACAGAAAACAUGAUCCGCCUUUUUAUUUCGACAUCAAGUUCUUGGCGCAACAAUGGAACUGCUACGGUAACACAAGAUUGUACCACCACACCAUGAGUCCGCCACUGAUUUGGGCACUCAGAUGCUGCUUGAUGGAAGUUUGCAAGAUAACACUUCCAAAGUUUUGGGAACGCCACGUCCAAACCACAGCUCAAUUUCACAAGCGACUGCAGGAAUAUGGAUUUAAGUUCCUGAUACCUAAGCCGGAAGAUCGGUUGGUUACUGUAACCACUGUAGUCUUACCGUCUGGUUACGAUUAUAUGGAAUUUGUCAAAUAUCUUAGAGCAAAACACAAUAUCUUGAUAUUUGGUGGCCUCGGACCCACUGCAGGUAAAGCCUUACGCGUCGGUAUCAUGGGUGUCAACUCUUCUAUAGAAAUCGCAGACACUGUUGCACAUGCCAUGGCGGAUACAUUGAGAGCCCUUACUAAAUCAUCAUUAUAAAUGUUGCGUCGGAUUAUAAAAUAUAUGUUAAAUGAGUAACAAGC